AUGGACCCAACGUCAAUCCAAGUUCCCUUUCCACCAAGAGUUUCCGUAUCACGCCUCGUAGAAAAGCGUCUCCAAACCCCUGCACAUUCGAAAUCUCCGAACUCGUUCUUUAUUUAUCGUGGUGCUUUCCUUGAUGAAGUACGUACUCGUAAUUGUAAAGUCAAGAUGACUGAUAUAUCACCAAUUAUUAGCGCUUCUUGGAAACGACAACCUCUGUUCGUUAAAAACGCGUAUAAAGAAAUCGCUCAGGAAGUUGAAAGAUUAUCUAUCGAAUUACGCCAGAAUGCAAAAGCAGCUGCCGCUCGUAAACAACAUGUUGUCGUUCAGCCUUUGGUAGAAACUCAAACAACAAUAAUGCCUCAAAUUCCUCCAUUUAAUACACAAAUUUCGAAUGAGAAUUAUGGAAAUUUGAUUUCGAAUCAGCAACUUGACUUUACCGGUUUUUCGACUAUUUUCCCAGAUCAUAAUCAACUUCAUCAAAUCAUCCCGCAAAUCCCUUUCGAAUACAAUUUUAAUGUUUUUUCUAUGAACCCUAAUAACCCACCUUAUUAA